AUGUUCUCAUUUAAUUAUGCACGAGAAAAAAAAAUUGAUUUUACCAAACCAUUUCUUAGUUUGGGUAUAUCAAUACUUUUUAAAACAUCCAAACCUGAAAAACCAGGUUUAUUCAGUUUUCUUAAUCCAUUAUCACUUGAAAUUUGGAUAUAUACAUUUGCUGCUAUAUUUACUGUUAGUUUUAUUCUAUUAUUAAUUGCUCGAUGUUCACCUGAUGAAUGGCGUAAUCCUUAUCCAUGUGAUAGUGAUUAUAAUUAUUUAGAAAAUCGUUUUACUGUUAGUAAUACACUUUGGUUUUCAAUUGGAACAUUAAUGCAACAAGGUGCCGAUAUAAGUCCAUCAGCUAUAUCAACUCGUCUUAUUUCUGGUAUUUGGUGGUUUUUUACAUUAAUUCUUAUUUCAUCAUAUACAGCUAAUUUAGCUGCUUUUUUAACUGUCGAAAAAUUUGUUAAUACAAUUGAAAGUGCUGAAGAUUUAAUUAAACAAACGAAAAUAAAAUAUGGUGUUCUUCGUGGUGGUUCAACAGAACAAUUUUUUCGAGAAUCAACUAUUCCAACUUAUCAAACUAUUUGGAAACAUAUGAGUAGUAAUUCAGAUGUAUUUGUUAAAAGUAAUCAACACGGUAUUGAUCGUGUUAAAGCUGAAUCAUUUGCAUUUUUUAUGGAAUCAACAUCAAUUGAAUAUACUGUACAACGUGAAUGUAAUUUAACACAAAUUGGUGGUUUACUUGAUAAUAAAGGUUAUGGUAUUGGAUUACCAGAAGGAAGUCCACAUCGAGAACGUUUUUCUGAAAUAAUUCUUGAUUUACAAGAAAAAGGAAUAAUUCAAAAAUCUUAUAAUAAAUGGUGGAAAGGUAAUAUAGAAAUCAAAAGUUUAAGACACUUUUUGUUUUUCGUGUUUCUUCAUCAAAAAUAACUUGUAAUGAACAUUCAAAUAGUGAUUUUCAUAGCUCUC